UAUAAAUAAGGCAAAAAGAGCCUUUUUGUUGCCUCUCAAAAAUCUCUUUCAUCUCCUCGUGAACCAUUCCUCCUCUUUCUAAACUCCGAUCUCUGAUUCCGAGCGCUCCUCCCAAUCUUUCAUAUAUAGAAUUGUUAAAAGAACUGCAAUGUUUCACCAUUCAAGCAAUCGUAAUCACAGGCCCAAAGGCUCCAAUGUGAAAAAGAUACUUCAAGUGGUUGUGCUUCUUGCUGUUGCUUGUUGGCUAUUAUACCAAGUCAAGCAUUCUCGUGAUAAAAAAACCGAAUAUGUUGGAAAUGAUGAAAAAAAGCUUAGCAAGGGAGCUGAAGAAAUCUAUCUUGGCCGUAAAGGUGAUGCUGGUUCUGAAAAUGUUAUCAUCAUAGACACUAAUGGUCAGGGUUCUGAUGAAAGCACUGAAAUCAAACAAGAUGAAAUUCAGCAUAAUUCUUCGCAUUUAAAUAGUGAUGAUAAGUCUAAUGAGAUUCCUCAGAAUCAUGAACAUGAGGAUUCUAAGCAAAGUAAUAUGAAUAAUGGUGAGAAAGAAAGUACACAGGAGGAACAUGUUGAUUCUCAUGCUAAUGAUGGAGAGGAAAUUUUGCACUUGCCCAGUGAGAGGGAGAAGUCUUCGGACCAAAAUGACAGUACUGAUGGAGGCAGCACGCAUGAAGAAAAUGAUCAUUUAAAGAAAAAUGGAGUAAGUGGAGAGGUCAAAAGUGAUUGGAUUGUUGGUGAUAAAGUUGAGUCAACAAUGACUGGUGAGGAGACCACUUCAAUCUCUGGUGAUCAAACUGUAAGCAGUGAGAAUGUUGGAAAGGAGAACGAACAAAAAAAUGGUGAAGCUAGUAAUCAAGAGGUGGUAUCAAUGGAUGAUGAAACUAACAAGGGGGAGGAGCUUGGCUCUGAUGAUGAAAAUAUCAAGUCUCUUUCUAAGGCUUCUGAUGAUAAUAAGAUUGAUCAAGCUGAUAUUGGUGAAAGAUUUGACGAUGAGCAUGUUAGUUCACAUGCAGGGGAUUCAGUAGAAUUUAACAUUGAUACUUCUCUCCAGAAUGGCAAUGAGGCUUCUAAAGAGAAAGAGAUUGAAACUAAAUUGGAAAAAGCUGCUGAAGUUGAAAACACUGAUAACAACUCUUCAGGAGAAAUUAAGAUCGAUGGUGAAUCUGAAAAAGAGAUUGAAAAUUCAUCCUCCAAUACAGAAGUACAAAACUCUAAUGAUGCUUCGAGUAAUGUUUCUGUUGAAUACCAAUCAGAUAAAACUUCUGAUACUGAGGGAACCACAAAUGUAGAUAAUGGACAAGAAACUUCAUCAGAAGCUAAUAAUAACGAGAUUGUGGAACUGCAAACAAACAAUGAGGAUGCUAAGGUGGAAACUGAUUCUGAAAGAAGGGAUGCUGGUGAGGCUGGAAAUUUUGAAAAUAAUUCCGUUGAAUCUAUUGAAGAAAUUGAGAAAUCAUCUGAAGGCACUGAGCAAAGCGGUUCAGAUAAUGGAAAAUCUGAUGAUGUGACUGGUUCUGAUCCAGGCAAUGAAAUAUCAGGAACUGGUCAUGAAGAUCAUAUAGCUCAUAAAGAAGAAGGAAAGAAUGACGUUGCAUCAAGUGAUGAAGCCAUAACUUCAGAUGAUUCAACUAACGAAAUUUCAGCCGGAGAAGCUGUUCAAACUGAAGGAGGCAAUAUCUCUGAGGCUGAGAGCAUCAAUCAUGGCAACACCGAAACAGUGAAAACCGUUCAAAGUUCUGACGUAGAGACUAAACAAGAGAACACAAACUCAAGCGCAGAGGGAGAGGCUUCAGAAGAAAAGGUAGUUUAGUAGGAUAGUGGAAGAAUGCAGUGCCAUUCGAAGCUUUGAAGCUGUAUAGUCCGUUUUGUUUCCAUCUCCUUUAAUGUGUUGUGAAGUACUAUGGAUUUUUCCUUCUAUUAGUCUACUAUUCUUCCUGCUUCCAACAAAUGCUUCAAAAAUUAUCAUUAGAAUUUAGCUUUAAUGUACUUCCUUUAUGAAAUUUCUCCCUUUUAUUGCUUUGAGAGGUGUGUAUAUUAGCUGACAGUAAGCCCCUACAGUUCCAUGCUUGCUGCUGCAUGGGAAUGAUAAUAAAAUCCCUGAGAUUAUUUUGUUUAA